CUGCUUGCUAUAAGGACAAUUCAGAGGCGCUUAUAAUGCUGUUAAAUCAAGGGGCAAAGCUGUGUAAAAGAAAUAAAAUUGGAUGUUAUCCUAUACACAUGACUGCAUUUGCUGGCUCCUUAAAAUGCAUGGACCUGGUACUAAAAAAAGGUGAAGAAUUUGGGUUUAGUAUUGAAGAUCACAUCAAUUUCACAGACAAUGAGAAAAGCAGCCCGCUCCAUGUGGCAGUUCAAAAUGGACGCUUGGAAAUUGUGAAAGCCUGCAUUGAAUAUGGAGCAAAGAUUGACCUCAAACAAAAUGAUAAUGCCACAGCUCUUCAUUUUGCUUCUACUCAA